GAGUGGUUGGCGCUGAGAGGAAGGGCUUGAGGAAGCCUGGAGCCUGGCCCUUGGCGGAGGCCUUUGGCCGGAACGUCUUCGCUCCCGGAACCCUAAAUUCUUAUAAACCGACUUCCAGUCGGGCCCCAGUCGUCGGUUGGACGGUCUGGUUGCCAUGGCUUCAGUCGUCGGUUGGUCGGUCUGGUUGCCAUGGUCCCAGUCGUCGGUUGGUCGGUCUGGUUGCCAUGGCCCCAGUCGUCGGUUGGUCGGUCCCGCUGCCCUCGGGGACUCUGGGUUUGAUCUCAAGUAACAAAAUUAUCAGAACAAUUCUCGCUCUUAGAACAAAAAUGCAAAUUUGACCCCAUUAGGCUAAAAACAGGAAAAGAACAUGGAGGCAGAUAUUGCAGAUCUUCGAAGCAAGCUCAAAGAGGUUGAAAAAGAGCGACUAAAAGCUGCACAGUAUGGUUUACAACUACUGGAGAGCCAAAAUGAAUUGCAAAAUCAAUUAGAUAAAUGUCGUAAUGAAAUGAUGACCAUGACUGAGAAUUAUGAACAAGAAAAAUAUACUCUUCAGAGAGAAGUUGAACUCAAGAGUCGCAUGUUAGACAGUUUGAGUUGUGAAUGUGAAGCUAUUAAACAACAACAAAAAAUGCAGCUAGAACAAUUAAAAGAGCAGCUAAGCAGAAGCCAUGGACAGGAAGUGAACGAACUCAAAAACAAGAUAGAAAAAUUGAAAGCAGAGUUAGAUGAAGCACGGCUUAGUGAAAAGCAACUGAAGCACAAAGUAGACCACCAGAAGGAACUCCUCUCUCAUAAAUCAGAGGAACUACGGAUGAUGUCUGAGCGUGUGCAUGAAAGUAUGUCUUCAGAGAUGCUGGCUCUUCAGGUUGAGCUGACUGAAAUGGAAAGUGUGAAGACUGCCCUCAAAGAAGAAGUGAAUGAACUUCAGUACAGGCAGGAACAACUAGAACGUCUUAGUGCUAACUUAAUGCACCAGGUAGACCGACUUAAAGAAGAAAAAGAAGAGCGGGAGAAAGAAGCAGUUUCUUACUAUAAUGCUUUAGAGAAAGUUCGUGUAGCAAAUCAAGAUCUCCAGGAACAGUUGGGCCAGGCCCUACAGCAAGCCUUGGAUCCCAAUAGUAAGGGCAACUCUUUGUUUGCAGAGGUAGAAGAUCGAAGGGCGGCAAUGGAACGCCAGCUUAUCAGUAUGAAAGUCAAGUAUCAGUCACUAAAGAAGCAAAAUGCAUUUAAUAGAGAGCAGAUGCAAAGAAUGAAGUUACAGAUUGCCACAUUGCUACAGAUGAAAGGCUCUCAAACUGAAUUUGAGCAGCAGGAACGGUUGUUUGCCAUGUUGGAGCAGAAGAAUGGUGAAAUAAAACAUCUUUUAGGUGAAAUUAGAAAUCUGGAGAAAUUUAAGAAUUUAUAUCAAAGUAUGGAUUCAAAGCCUUCAGCCAACUCUGGUGCUCUGGAAGAUAACACCUAUUAUACAGAUUUACUUCAGCUAAAGCUUGAGAACUUAAACAAAGAAAAUGAAAGCAGCAAGGGCGAAUUGUCCAUACAGCGAAUGAAAGCAUUGUUUGAGAGCCAGCGGACCCUGGAUAUUGAGCGAAAACUUUUUGCAAGUGAAAGACGCCUUCAGCUUUCAGAAAGUGAAAAUAUGAAACUGAGAGCUAAGCUGGAUGAAUUGAAGCUAAAGUAUGAACCUGAAGAGACAAUUGAAGUGCCUGUACUCAAAAAGAGGCGGGAGGUGCUACCUCUGGAUAUAACCACCCCUGAAAACGAAUGUGCCAGCAGUGCUGUUGGGGAAGGAACUUCUAGAUUCCCACCUCAGAAGGAGACACAGUCCUGUCCUAACCAUGUAGAAGGUGACUUCAAAUUAGAAAAAUCAGUAUCUGAAAACAUUCCCCUGGCCCCUCUCUCUCCUCACAAAAAUGUGCCCAUGGAUGUGCAGCCAAAGGAGGAGAAGAAACGUGUGAAGCUCGCAGCAGGGCCAGCUGAUGCUGAAGCCUUAAGUGAAAGAAGCGGGAACACGCCCAGCUCUCUCAGGUCAGUGUCCUCUUUCCAAGGCAGCCAGCAGCCCUCCCCCUGGCUCCCCUCUCGCUGCAUGAGCUAUGCUCUCUGUCUCUUUAUCUGUCUUCUCAACAUUGCAUGCAGUGUGAUUCCCCAGCUUCAUCUGCCUACCUUCAACUUCUCUAAAGCUUUGAGAAAGACAAAAAUGAUUGCAAGGGGAAAGGACUCCUGAAUAAGGGAGUCAUAUUAGAAAGUCACACAUCUCUCUUUUGUCAGUUAGAACAAAUGUGCUAUUACUAAUAAAGGUGCUAUUUUCUCCUGGUUCAGGGCCAUGAAGGAACAAUUAACUUGCCUUCCCAAAGACUUUCUAAUAGUCUUAAGGCAAUUUAGUUUAGGAAGUAGGUGAAGUUUUUUGUGGCUUUUGAUGUUCUUUAUACCAAACCUUCAGAUAGUAUUUUGAAUUAUUUUCACAUUUUUAAAUAUCCAAGCUAAUUUGUUUCCAUUUUUUUCUAAAACUUCAAAGCCUCCAAUUUCUGCAUAAUUGAAUUUGUGACUAAAAGAGAAAGUGUCAGACAUGUGUAUCUGAAGGAAUAGUCGAAGGGCCUUGUCCUUUAAAAAGAAUAGAAGUAAGAAGGUAAGAGCAAGUGAAAGGAGGGAAGAGGAUGUAACUGGCUGCAGCUAGAGUUCUGGUGUGCACAGCAGGAUCCAGGUGGGAUAAACAGAAGGGACUGAGGGAAAUGGAGGAAAAAUAAAGAUGAAGGAUGUUGCAAUGGAGUGUCAGGUAUAUUAAAAACAAACACCUUUAGACAUGUAAAAAAUCAAACAUUGUGUGACAGUAGCCAGCUCGGAUUGUCUCCAAGGAAGUGAGAUUUUUAAGGUGCUACUAGGGCUACCUUGUUCUUAGAAAGAAGGGAACAGAAUCAGGCAUUUUACUUUGUGCAUUUGAUUGAAAAAAUAAGACAGCCCACCAUAUGUAAAAGAACUUCCUUGUUUGUUUUAUCUGAUUUCUCUUUAAAUUUUCAGUGCUACUACAUGUACUCAACAAUGAAAAAACUACUAGCUGCUGUUGUUAUUAUAAGGAAGACUAAUUAUUCCCUUCCUUGAGUUUUUGUAUAAUAUUGUAAGUCACAUAAAAUAAGAGCUUGAUAUUCUUGAGGAAACUGCAAAUGGAUGCUACCUGACAGGUACCCAUAGUGCAAACAGUUCUGAGGCGAGUUCUGCAGGCUGUGCCUGUUUGUGUGUGGCUCGUGUGGGCGCAUGCACGUGGCCAGGAUGGGCUUAUGUGGUUCAUGGUGUGAGUGUGUAUGGCCUUAUAGAUUUGUGUGGUUGUGUGGUUCACGGUGUGGGUGUGUGUGACCUGUUUGGGCUUCCUAAGCUGGAUUUCCAGAACCAAUCAGUGCAUACCUUGUAUCUGUGUUGCCUCCAUUUCUUAUUCUGCCCCUUUUUGCUUGAAAAAAAAAUUUACUUCAGUGUAUGUAGUUAAGUUGUUUGACUCAAAUUGCAUGUUGGAAAUCCUUGCCUUGCUAGUUAAACAAAAACAAAAUACCACAAAACAUUUAAUUUUUUGUUGUUUGUCUGCUUGUGAGUCCAUCUGCUCACUCCAGACAUUUCCAGCCUUGUGUCUUUUGCAUACUUAACUUAGAUACACAAUCUGAAGAUAAUUUUGUAUCAAAAGUGGCUUUUAUUGGAAACUUGACUGUCUCAUGCUUUAUAAAUUUAAUUGAUGCUCUUCUUUAAAGUGUUUUCAGGCCUAUUUUAGCAUCCCCCACUGUUUAUAUUUUUCUUUAACUAUUCUACUAGUUGAAACUCAGUUUGAGUUUGUUUUCAUUGUAUGAAACAGACAUCUGUGCAGCCCAGGAUCGCAUGGUGUUUUCUUCUUGUUGUUAACCUUUCGUGUGUCAUGUUUAAAAUAUUGCUCCAGCAUUUCAAUUUUUGUGUUAUGUGUACUUAUCAUUUUAGAUAUCUCUUUAGAUUUAGUUUUUUAAUCUAAGCCUUAAUAGACUUUUUAAAUCAAUCUUAACAUAUUUGGUCAACCUUUAAAAACAUUGUCUAUUGAUACAAUCCAUUCCUUUCAGAGAGUCAUUUAGUAUUUUUUUAACUUGUUCUAAUUUGUUGUACAUGACAGUAGAAUGCAUUUAUACAUUUUGAUAGAUCAUACAUAAAUGGAGUGUAAUCCCUCAAUUUUCUGAUUAUACAUAUUGUAGGCUCAUAUCAGUCAUGCAGUCAUCUAUGUACAUGAGGUAAUGGUAUUGGAGUCAGCUAUAAUUUUUUUCCUUAUUAUUUAAAAAAAAUAUAUUACCUUGGCUCCUUGGAGGCUCAGUUUAUUAGUGGUUUGUUUCUCUACUUUUCCUUAACUACAUUUGAAUUCAGAGUGGAUGCUUUAAUGCCUGUAGGUUAGCUGCUGAGUCAAGGCUUCAAACAGACCUUAAUGAAAGAAAAGAACCUGCAAGCAAAUUGGAAAAGGAACCUUGUAAGAAAUCCCACCCUAUUGUUUUCGUGUCCUCCAAAUCUACUCCGGAGACCCAGUG